AAACGUAUCAGAAUUUGCUCCUGGUGGUGAACAAUAUCACAAAGUGCUGGUGUUCUACGCGGUUUUACACGUUGAUAAGAACUGAUUCGUUGUAAUUUUAAUACAUAUCUACAGUCCAUUACUUAUUAAAGUAGCAUAGGUCGCCCCAGUUUUGAUAACAAAACAUUUUAGAAUGAGUAAACAUUUACAGACUGUUGCUGCAAUGGCUUGCAUGAAGAGCUUGUUGAUGAUCUUCAAUUUCGUCUUUUGGAUAUCUGGUAUCGCAAUUUUGGCAAUCGGAAUAUGGAUGGAGGUGGAGCUUUACAAGUACAUGGAGAUGAGUACCGAAUUUUCGGGUACUGCUCCGUACGUUCUGAUUGGUACAGGAUCGUUAAUAAUUCUGAUUGGUUCUUUGGCCUGCUGUUGUACCGUAAAGGGUCAACCUGUCCUCCUAUACGUAUAUGGUGCCUUUUUGGCGAUUGUCUUCGUCUUGGAACUGGGUGCUGGCAUAUCAAUUUUCGCAUAUCGCACAAAGCUUACUGAAGGCUUUGAUAAAGGUCUCACUCAGAGCAUGAUCGACUACCGGAACAACAGCAAAGAUCUUGCUAACGAUUUUGAUCUCAUACAACAAACGCUCCACUGUUGUGGAAAACACGGGUCCAUGGACUGGUUGAACUUAUCUCAAUCUACCCCAAUCCCGGAAUCCUGCUGCAUUAAGGAACACUGCAACACUGAAGACGCCGAGCAGAUUUACACCGAGGGCUGUUACACCAAAGUCGUGGAAUUCCUUAAUUCUAAUAUCGGAAUUGUUGCUGGUGCGGCGGUAGGAAUAGCAUUCUUUCCUCUAGUGGGGGUGGUGUUAUCUUGCUGCCUGGCGAGCGUUAUUAACAAAGCUAAGUACGAGCAGAUGGCUUAAGAGAGUAUAUUAUUCAACGAAGAAAGCUUUGUGACUUACUUAACUUCAGUGUUCUUUCUCUUUACAAAUCUCAUCUAAUGUUGCAUUUAAGCUUCGAUGCUCUGUACUUUACGUGUAACUAAGAAUCAAUUACAGCACUCCGUGUUUGUUAACUUAUAUUGUUAAACUAUCUAUUUUAUAUCUGUGUUAAAUAUUGGAAAGUAUUUGGAAUGUUCUCUCUAUGAGUCUGUUGAGAAUGAAGACUAUUAGUAGUGCUGAUAUUGUCGGUUCCAGCUAUAAGGCUCGUUAUUAACGUAAAUUAGUGUGUGAGGCUCAAAAUUCCGUCACGAAAACUGACUAAUCUCUUACUAAUUUUGGCAUUGCUAAAUUUACUUAAGAGAGAAACAUUAAGGAUGAAAUCGGUUUGACAAAAACGAAUUUUGAGUAACAAAUAACUGGAUAGUGAGGAUCGAAAAAACGAGAAGAAAUUUGGAGGCUUGGACUCUUCACAAUUAUUGUUGUCAAUUAAGUAAUUAUAUCGGCGUUUAAAUAGAAAAAAAAAAACACUUGACUUUAUACUAACUUGUACCACAGCUUUUGUAAUUUAAUUACUCGCCUCUAUUAAGUUAUCUUUCGAGUCAAUAUAAUUAUAUCGCUCCUUAAAUUAGAGACUAAGAGCUUAUGUCAUAAUUUCGAAUGUCAAUAACAGUGUAGGUGGAACAGACACUAUUUGUUGCACAUAUUAUAUUUAUUAUAUAUAAUUAUUAUACAUAUAACGUAAAUUAUACCUAUUUAAAGUGAAUGUCCAAGUAUUAUUAAUGUAUUUUUGAAACGUAUUAAAUAAAUUAUAAGAACGAUAAUAUUAUUA